AUGCGGCGGCUGCGGCGCCUGGCGCACCUGGUGCUCUUCUGCCCCUUCUCCAAGGGCCUGCAGGGCCGGCUCCCAGGCCUGAGGGUCAAGUAUGUCUUCCUGGUGUGGCUGGGCGUCCUCGCGGGCAGCUGGCUGGCCUACGUGCACUACUCGUCCUACGCGGAGCUCUGCCGCGGCCACGUCUGCAGAGUGGUCAUCUGUGACCAGUACCGCAAGGGCAUCAUCUCAGGCUCCAUCUGCCAGGACCUGUGCAGCCUGCAGCAGGUGGAGUGGAGGACCUGCCUCUCCUCCGUCCCAGGCCAGCAGGUGUAUAGCGGGCUCUGGCAGGGCAGGGAGGUGACCAUCAAGUGUGGCCUCGAGGAGAGCCUGAGCUUGAAGGCCGGGGCCGACGUGGCCCCCCGGCGGGAACUGGUGCUCUUUGACAAGCCUACUCGGGGCACCUCGAUUAAGGAGUUCCGGGAGAUGACCCUCAGCUUUCUCAAGGCGAACCUAGGGGACCUUCCCUCCCUGCCCGCACUGGUCGGCCAGGUCCUGCUUAUGGCCGACUUCAACAAGGACAGCAGGGUGUCGCUGGCCGAGGCCAAGUCGGUGUGGGCGCUGUUGCAGCGCAACGAGUUCCUGCUGCUGCUGUCCCUGCAGGGGAAGGGGCACGCCUCCCCGCUGCUGGGCCACUGCGGGGACCUCUACGUCACGGAGGGCGUCCCACGCAGCUCGGGGCCCGCGGCCACCCUCCCGGCCCUGCUCCGCCCUCUGCUGCCGCCUGCCCUGCACGGGGCCCUGCAGCAGUGGCUGGGGCCCGCCUGGCCCUGGCGCGCCAAGAUCGCCAUCGGCCUGCUGGAAUUCGUGGAGGAGCUCUUCCACGGCGCCUACGGGACCUUCUACAUGUGCGAGACCACGCUGGCCAACGUGGGCUACACGGCCAAGUACGACUUCAGGAUGGCAGACCUGCAGCAGGUGGCGCCCGAGGCCGCCGUGCGCCGCUUCCUGCGGGGCCGCCACUGCGAGCGCAGCGCGGACUGCACCUACGGGCGCGACUGCCGCGCGCCCUGCGACACGCUCCUGCGCCAGUGCAAGGGCGACCUGGUGCAGCCCAACCUGGCCAAGGUGUGCGAGCUGCUGCGCCACUACCUGCUGCCCGGCGCCCCCGCCGGCCUGCGCGCCGAGCUGGGCCGGCAGCUGCGCACCUGCGCCACGCUGAGCGGGCUGGCCAGCCAGGUGGAGGCCCACCACUCGCUGGUGCUCAGCCACCUCAAGACCCUGCUCUGGAAGGAGAUCUCCAACACCAAGUACACCUGA